AUGGAGAUAUUGAUUAGGCAGCAGCUGUCAGAUGCUGAGAAAAAACAAAAUGUUGAUGCUUUGAAAAGCACUUACAACUUGAUCAAAUCAGCACAUGAUGGGAAAUCUGCCCUUGAUUCCUUGGAGAGUUUCUCUUUUGACUUAUAUGUCUUAUGUGCAGAACAAGCAUAUCAGAUGGGUCUUCCUGAAAUAAGCCGUGACUGUCUACAAAUGUAUUUUAAAGGGAAAGCUCCCGUUAACCAAUUCCUGGGUAGAGCAUAUUUGUGCCAGAGCCAGUUAUAUACUCCUGUAUCUACUGACAAUUUGGGACAGUUUGAAAAAUUCAAUAUAAACUUGCUGAAAGCCAUUGAUUUUGCAUUAAGUGAUUCAAGAUACUAUUUUUUGAUAUAUAAUGCAUCAUCUAUUUAUUGGAAAAAUAUAAGACCAUUUUUAAAGCCCGGGUUCCGCUACUUUCUUAUACCGAGUCUCUCUCAGAUUGUGUCCGCAUUGAAUCAUCCCAACGAGGAAGACAAAGAUUGGACAGCAGAACUUAUGAUAGAAUUGCUUGAGUGUUUCCUGGAUGCUUCCAGAAUAGAAGAAGCCACAACCUUUUCAUCCACUGCAGCUACAUUCAUUGAAGAAAAUGUGCCAAGUAGAUAUAAGGAUUUAUUUUCAAUAAUGGUGCGUAACAAACUAGUGGAAGUUUCGGAGAUAGAAGAUAAACUUGAAAGCUGUAUUAGUUUGAAUAUCAUAUAUAAAAUUCAAACAAUCAAAGGGCAAUUAGAUAAAAAUCAGAUUCCAGAAGAUGCUCUUACAGAUUUGAAUAACAUAUUUGAACUUUUGAAAGGAUCUAAAAAGGAAAUACAGCGUAAUGAAAGAAUUUCUUUGCUGCUAGAACUGGCACGACUUUCCUUGAGAUUAAAUUGUAUAAGUAUUGCAAUGUUAUGUUUAAAAGAGUUGAAGAAUUAUAAAAUUCACGAUCAAGGAAGAGAAAUUGAAUUAGAUUGCUUGGAAUGUGACUGCGAAGUCCAAAAACUUGGGCCUAAAAUUGAAACUUAUGCUAAAAGUGUUGUUGAGGUUCAGUUAAAUGCUAUACAGAAACUUGAUUUAAUUUUGAACCGUGCAAUUCGGCUGAGAGAUCCUAAUGUUAUUCAGGCGGUAUGUACUACCCAGUGGAAUAUCUGCUUACCGCUGUUGCAACACAAUUUGCAACAUCACAUACGAAAACCCCUGUUAGCAAUUGCUGAAGUGCUAGAGAAGAUUGACAGCAUGUUGAUUUUAUUGCGUUGUCAAGUUCAUAUGGAAAUUGCUCGUAUUGAAGAAAAAUCGGACAGAGUAGAGACCGCAAUGGAACACCUGGAGAAGGCCAUCAAACUUGAUAACAACGGACAGUACCACGAAUAUCUGAAAAUGGCUUUCCAUCGGCUUAGCUUAAAUACCAUGCUGUAUAAGUCUUUGGAGCGCCUGGAAGACCAAGCAAGUUUGAUGAUUGAACAGGCUAAAAAAGGAACCGCAAAUGACAGUGUGAGGAAAAAACGCUCUCUGUUGGUGAAUGCUGGCUUUGCACUAGCACCGGAGGCUUUUCAGGUGGUUCUUGAUAGUGAAAACGAGGCUAAAGUUCCCCCAAGUAAACAUAAAGAUCAAAUUAGCUAUCUCUGUGCGAAAGCAGAGCACCACACUAAAAAUGUAGAGAAAGCAGAUGGGCAUUUGAAGAGACUAGGACAUGAAAACGAAAAAGAAAGAAUCCGCCUGUGGUCAGAAAUAGCCAAAACAGCACGGAAGCAAAGCGUGUGGGACGUUUGUCGGGCUGCAUGUAGGUUCUGCCUCCUGUAUGAUGAUAAUCAAGCAAUAAAGAUAUCGAAACGCAAAAGAUUGGUGAAGAAGAAAGGCAGCGCAAAUGCAACAGCUGAGGAGCCUGAAGGAAAUGUAUUAAGAGAGUCACCGGUGCCUACUAAAGUAUUUUCUUUAGAAAGAGAUCUACUUAGAACCUUGGCAGAAGUAAGAUGUAUCAAUGCAGAGGCUACAAUUCAGUUACUAAGAACAGAAGGCGUCCAGCUCAAUGAUUAUCCUGUCCUCCCCGUAGAGGCAAAUACACACAUUUCAGGAAACUCUCAACAUUCAACACGAAGUGGAAAAGAAUCCGAUUGGAACGUAUACAGCAACUGGAUAAACCGCUUAUCUCAAUAUGCUAUGGAAAACUUUCUACGAGCUGUCAGAAUUGGAGAGGAGUUAAAUGAAGCCUGGAUUGUACAUAACACCGUGGUGUAUGUCUUAAAUCACAAUAAGCAUCUGAUUAUUUCAAAAAGGCAGAGAGAACUUGUUGAACCCUUUCAGAUUCUUUUCAAUGCUGUUAAGAAUAUUGGGAAUUUUGGGAAUUGCACUGUUUUAGCAACCUUGUGCAACGCUCUGGCAAGAGGGCUGAUUCUUCCUUGGAUUCCCAAAAGGCUUUCCAAAACGGAUGAAAAGAAACUGAACGAGGAAGGGCCCGCCAAACGCAAAAAGACUGCCUUAAAAGGACAUGAUAAAUCACUCACUGCUCUAAUUCUACCUGUGGAUCCAGCUGGACUCCACGAUAUUAAAGCAGCCGUAGAGGUCUGUGAAUUUGCUAUGCGUUUGCCUAAUGGAAGCGCCCCUGAUGAGCCUGUGCCUAUUGCUCUGCGUCAACAAGUCAUUGCAACUUGGGUGAAGGCCAAACAGUUACUUCAGCAACAGAUUGGGAAGCUGCAUGGAUCGGAGGAGGAGAGUAAUGAUGAUGGGACAAGCCCCAUGACGAAGGUUUUUAUUGGCCUGGAAAUGUAUUCGUGCAAUGGUUUGGGCCUUAUGGACUUUUUACUUCCCAAUGUGUCUCAGUUGGUGAAAAUGUCUCUGGAGUGCAGUUGGUCAGACUCGCUUGUAGAGCUUCAGACACUGACCAGACUCAUGCAUUUUGCACAUAAUCUCCAUGACCAUGAACUGGUGUUAACUUGUGCUCAGACGAUUAUGGAAUUGGGUCAAGUGCCAUUUAACACAGAUCCAAAGAAAAAAGGGAUAAAUGAUUACAGUGCCAGACAAGAAAUGCUGAGUAUUGCUUUUUGUACUCAAGGGAAGAGUAUCAUGGAAAACCUGGCUGGCAAAAAACAUUUGCGAGUUACAGCGUCAAAGUCCUUUGUUGAAAGUGCAAGAUAUGCAGGAGAAGCAGGAAAUCUUCACCUUGCCAUGGUAGCAGCUCGGAAUUUCUGGAAUGCUUGUUUACCUUUCAUUGGUUCUUCAGCAGACAGACAGCACCUCAAAGCACCCACUGAAGUCAUCCUCAAGAGCAUCAUUAAGGCAUCAGAGGCCAAAAGUAAGCAGGAAGUGGGCAAUAUGUUACAUUUGCAUCAGUGGCCUACAAUAGAUUUCCAGAGCAUCAGCCCAUCAGACGGGCAUUUUUAUCCAGGUGCUGAAGAGGAUUUGACCUUAAGAACAUUCUUAUAUGUGUUACUGUUCCAAGCACAUGCUGAUAAAAAUGACUGGGAGACAGGCCUUAAAGUUUUAGAUGAAGCUGUUCAGAUUCUUCCUCGCACAAAGCACAGGCUCCCAAUUUUUAAGCACAUGGUCAUGGUGAAGGCAAGACUAGGACGUAAUUAUAUAAUGGAAAUUCAGAAAUUCCGCGAUGAAACUGAAGACUACAUGUCAGACAUGUGGCAUCGUUUGGCAUCUGUUUCCUAUGAUAUUGUGGGGCAAUUAUCUUGCUACCAAAAUGCAAUUGAAGUUUUACAGAAAAAGGAAAGUGAAUUAAAGAAAGUGGAUAAUAUCUUAGGAGUUGCAGAAUGGCUGUACUGCAAGCAGUUUCCUCUUAGUGAGGCUAUUAAGCACCUGGAAUGGGCAAUAAAUAUGCUAUUGUAUCUCAAGCCUCUCCAAAAGAGCCCUGACGAAGAAGAAUUAAGAAACCAAAUGAGUAUUGGAGAAUUAAGGAGCAUAAAACAGCUAGAAGCUUUAUUUAGAGCUUAUACAAUAAUGGCAGUCAUUUCUGGCCACCAUUCAACUUUUUACGAGCAAUACUGUUUGAUGGCGUAUGCUUUUGUGAUUCGCAUGUGGCAGAUGUCAUUCACAACAGCAGGAUUGUUUUUAAAGGCACAGACCAAAGUUUCACCAGCCCAAUCAGCCACUCCAAAAUCAAAAGGCAAAAAGGAUGCACUAAAGCCCGAUUCUGCUCAGGUGUCACCUACAAGCCCUCCUAAGAAAGAUAAAGAGAAAUCCCCCAAAGAUGCAAAGAAGGUACGUUUUGUUUAAUACAGUAUUCUGAUUUCAUUUAUGUUCACAAAAAAGAAACUUCCUUAAACAUAAGAGUCCAAUUUUCAGGGACCCUCAGCCAGUAGAGAGAAGGUGAAAAGGAAGGGGCCGAUUGACGUCUUGCCUGCAAAUGUGGAGGAAUGGGCUAACUAUGAGUGCCCUGAUGAGAUAAGAGAAGCCUUUAAACAGGACUCAACUGGCUGCACUGUGAACAGAGAAACGAUUUUAGCACCUACACGCACCUUAUAUUACUUGGACCUCUUACUUAGGGAGCUCCAGUCAAUGUUAUGUACUCACCUGACUCUCCCACUCCUUCACUUGGCGGAAAUCAUUGCUCACGAUGUUGUUGAAAGCAAAAGUCUGUCAAAUCUCUACCGUCUCAGGCUUGCCAAAAUAUGUUUAGAUUUAAAAAUGUAUCAAGCAGCAUCUUUCCAUGAAAAGGCAGUGGGUGACAUCUUUAUUAAUGAAAAGGAACAAGGAAGAUUUAGACAAGAGAUUGCAUUUAAAAAUGAGAAUGCCAUACAGGAUAACCAAAUGGAAAAUAAAAAUUUGGAUUGGACAGAACUAGAUAUGGAGCAAAGAAAGAAGCUAUUUAAUGCAAAAGAUAAGAUUUUGGAAGUCAAUGCAGUGACUGAAAAAGAAUUAAAUGGGCUUUCUCUCCCCUACCUGUGGAUAGAAAAAGCUGAAGUCUUAAUCCAGCUAUGUUUAUAUCAGCCAGCAAGAUUACUACUCUCAGAGGCUUACCAAGCAACUCAGGAAAUGAACAGUCCGUGUGGUGCAUCACGAUGCCUUUAUCUUCUGGCUGUGCUGGCUAAUUUGGAGAAGAACCACGGCCAGGCAAAGGCGCUGCUUGAAAAGGCCCGCUUGAUAGGUGGAAACGAACAGUUUUGGCACAGCAGCACUUUUGCCCUCACCGAUGCGAUUUUAGGAGACGACCAGGAAGUAAAUGAAAAAAUGGCUGGCCAUUUUCUGCAAAAAAACAUAAAUGUCUUGAGGCCGUUAUUGAAGGAAAGACCCAACCGAGAACCUGAACUGGGUUUUAUAAUAGCAUGCUUUGAAGCCAGGAAAUCGUAUAUACAGCUAGAUUUGGUUAAAUAUCUCAUUAACACUAGCGGUUUUUCUGAAGAGUUGGCAACAAUAUUGCUGGAAUCCUAUGAUAAGUUAAUCCACAUACAGGAGACCUUCCUUUCUAGUGGAUAUAAAGAUCGUAGUGCUGAUGCAUUGAUGGCCUGUGCAAAUAUUCAUAGGAUACUUGGCAAACAUACAGAACUUGCUGCAGACAAGCAAAAUCAUUACAUAGAGGCAUAUAGAUUAGCACAACGUGGAGUAUCACGAAUGGAAGAGCUUUUUCAACACAUUAAUAAUAUACUUCCAAUUAAUGAGACUAGAAAUAUAAAUACACCUUUAAUGAGAAGACUUGCAAACAUGAAGGUGAACUUUAUAGAGAUCAUUUUGGAUAUUUUUGUUCUUAUCAAUAUUGAAAAAAAGAACAGAGAAGCCAGAGCAGACCAAAUUGAGCACAUUAUUGAGAAUUUUGUAAGGUUUACACCUGAUACUGCUUCAGAGGAACAGGCUUGGAUCACCCUUGGGCAAACAGUGGGCCACAAUGCCCAUGCUCAGCUUACAAGCCUGUCGAGUCUUUGUGGUGGCUGUCCUGACAUCAGAGCCAAGUAUCUCUAUCUGACUGGGAGGAGUCUCCAUUUCCUAGCUAACCAUAUGGAGCCUUUUAAUUUGGAUAUUCAGUGGUGUGAAACUGCAACCGAGGUGCCUAAAAUUAAUUCUGAGAAAUCUCCACCACCAGAAGCAGAAACUAUAGAUGAACAAAAUGAAGUCCCAAGUCCUCUAUUGCAACUUACUAAAAAGCAGCUCGAUGACUACAGGAAAAAAGCCAAUGAAUUAAGGAAGAGGCAGAUGUGGACUCAUGAAUACAUAUUUCAAUCAACUGAGGUUUUGCUGCAGUGCAUUAAUGUUGCAAUUAAUAACAACCUGAUCGAUAUAUUGGCAGCUGCUAGUUUGGAAAUGGUGGAGUGCUUUGGACAAUUUGAUCCAGUUUCAGCAAGUCAGUUUUUAGCUCUUUAUCAGAGUUGCACGGCAUCCUUGAUUAUGAAAGAGAUCCUGUUAGGGGCCACCUUGAACAGCAGCAGUUCACAGAUGGCAGCCAUGUUGCAUCUGCAGCACAACCUGCAACAAAGAGGAGAGACAAGUGGCCUCCUCAAAACCGUAGAACAGAGGUUGGCUGCUAUAUCAAAGGCAUGGGGAAGCCUCUCUAUUUCUUCAAAUCAUUUUAAUAUCAUGAAUGAACUGCCAGCAAAUUUUCAUAUAGUUAUUCUCCAGCAUUCAGGAGACAGGUCUCUGUUGUAUGGGGCUGUGCUUGAGAAAGUAAAACCCACCAACCCUAAAGACCAGAAGGAACAAAAGGAAAAGGGGGGACACCUGAAGGAAAAAGGCGGGAAGGAAAAAGGAGGACAACAGAAAGGAAAAUUUGCUCAACUAACUUUGCAGGCUAAAAUAGUCCGGAGCCCUGUGAAUCCUGAAACAUUCUUAAAUAUUUUGGAAAAAACUGAGACUUAUAGAGAGGAGAUGAUGGAUAGUCUUUUGAGAGAAAUAGAAGAAAAUGAGUUUCAAAGAAAGCAAGUAUCAUCUGCCAAACUGGAAACUAAUAUAGAAGAUGGAGAUGAACCAGAUUUAGAUUCUAUGUUUCAAAUGAUAUUGUCAGAUAUGGAAGAAUAUUUGAAGCCUGUACUGUCACAACUUAAUCUCUCUGAAUUGAGACGCCCGAGUCCAGCAUCGUCUCCAGCUGACUCAGGAAAGACCAGAAAAGGGAGUCCGGGGAAAACUAAGGGAGAGGAUUCAGGGAAAAAAUCUAAAACGUCAACUCAAGGUGCCGAAGACAUAGGGGAGUGUGUGAUUCUGUUGGCAGAUAAAGAUCUUCUGGACUUACCUUUGGAAGCGCUAACUAUUUUCCAAGAUGACGCAAUAAGCUCUCUGUCCAGAGACUUCUCUCUCCAAAUGGUCUACAAUCGGAUACGUAAAGACGAAGGUGGUACAGCUAUUAAAGAAAGAGGGAAAAAGACUGCAAGACCAAAAAAUGAACAAAAAAGAGGAACAAAAAUACCGAGUCUUAACCGUAUUCUGCCCCCCAACUGUAUUUCCAUUGAUGUCCACAAUGUGAAAUAUAUUGUGGAUCCGUAUAAUGAUGGAAGAGAAGACGCAUUGGAAAAUCCUGCAAACAAUUUUAGAGCAAUCCUAGAAAAAUUUGAGCCAUUUACCAUUUUUUGGGAAGGCAUAAUGGGUGACAUACACUUUCCAUGUUACACAGAGUGUGAAUACGUGUUGAAUAACUGCAGCAUGCUUUUCUUCUCUGCAAUGGCAAGAUUCCUCUCCCACGUAGCACUUGACAAGCUAGUUGCUAUGAAUAUCCCAGAAUGCCAGUUGAUUGUGCUUUCAGGACGUGUGCAUUCCAAACCUAGUCUUAUACGAUUAAGAAACCAAGAUGAAGGGAAAAGCUCUUUUACCUUGUCUCUGGAGAAGACAACUGAAACUGCAAUCAUCCUAAGCCUUAUUGGAGUGCGUUCUGUCAUAAUCAACCAAUGGUUUACUACGCUGCAAGAAAAUACCAUGCGAUUAGAAAGUUUAUGUGAAAAUUUCAUAAAAGUAGGCAAAACAACUGGACAGGCAGUCCGUAUUCUUCAGAAGAAAAGGACGGUCUGGGAUAGGACACCACAAAGAUCCCCUGAUGCUGAGAAAGAAGACCACAGCAAAAGUCCCAGUCAGCUGAGCCAGACUCUCAUCCAUGCUUCGGUUAUUGAUGCUGUUCUGUAUGGGUUGCCCAACACCAUGUUCACCUGAGGAGCAACGCGUUUCUUUACGUGUGCUUGGCGUGUGGAGAGAACAGGUUCUCCUGGCUUUUGAUGUUGUCUUUAAGAAGCCAAUACUCAGUGGUUCUUUUAAAGUUUAACAUUGACAAUUACCUUAAACUCUGUCGUUUCUUAAUUUGAUGGUUUUGCUAUUCUAAUUUCUGUCAGAUUUUUUGGAUUAAAUGUUUUAAAAUUGUCUUGCGGUAUCUGGAAGCCUGGGGUUUUUUUUUUACAUUGGGUGUCUGAGACAAGGUUGUUAUAGUAAUAAGGUUUAUUGCUUGGAUGGCAUAUAAGUAAUAAAAUAAUGAUACUUAACAAUUCAUAGAAACACAGAUUUAGUAUAUUUUUUAAAAAAAUACAAGGCAGCUGUU